AUGUCAACAACGAAUCCAGAAGUUCGUGAAACCGAGUGGGACUCGCUGCAGCGAAAGUUUGGAAAUCUGCCGCCGCUGCCUCCACGCGAGACGGAGGAGCAACUGACGCGGCGGGCCGUCAACGCUGCUGAAUCCAUUGAUACACUCGCCCAUAAGAGUCUACGAGAACUAGCGAAUCUCGAGGAUGAUGUCGAUGAAGAUAUACUGGAGAAAUACAGAAGGAGACGGAUUGCUGAAAUUCGAAGGAAAAAACAGCUGGAGAGAUUUGGAGAAGUUUAUCACGUGGGGAAGGACGACUUCGUGUCUGAAGUGACGCAGACCGGCUCCCUCAAAGGCAGCAGCAACUGCGGCGGCACGUGGGUGGUCGUUCACGUCUACAGAGACAGCGUUCCCGCCAGUGAAGCCUUGAAUAAUAUUUUGCCUGAAGUGGCAAGGAGACACAAAGAAGUCAAAUUCGUGAAAGCCAGGGCGGAAGACGUUAUACCUGAUUAUCCAGACAACAAAAUUCCCACCGUCCUGCUCUAUCGGGGGGGCUCUUGUCUAACGCAGCUCAUCGGAAGACAAAGAGAAUGGGGCGCAGAGAAGGCCACAAUCGCCAAAUUCGAGAAAGUACUAG